ACUCAGUCCGACCUUGUCUGGCUCACAGCUCCGCGCAUGGUUGUGCGUAAAUGCUGCUAAAAUAGUUUGCGGCGUUAUUGCCUAUCUAGGGCACGUACAACUUUGGUUUUCUCUCAUGUUUUUUGUAACACGUCCAUGUCUGGGUUAUGUGCACGGGCAUACAUAGCCUAAACAUUAUUCUAACCUCUUCCGCAUCUUGGAUUUCUAUGCAAAGAGAAGGUCGCCACUUUUCCUCCAAGGCUUCGGGAAAUGAAGACUACGUGGAGCAGUUCUAACACGGACUCAGUGCUUUUGGACUUCUGAACGGGGUUUCUUUUUUUUCGCACGGCUGGCCUCGCGGGAUCUUUUAACAAAUAUCCACGAAACAAUUACUGUCGAUCGACGGGUUCGCUCGCUUUUAAUAUAGCCCAGUUUUUUUGAAUAUGCACCGCAAGGUACAGUGCACGAUGUUGGUGAUGUUGCGUUCGGUUUAGGAUACCGCUCUCCGUCUGUACAAAGUGCCAAAUUAAGCCGUUAUGGCGAACGAGUGUAAUCGCAACAUUGUGGAAAAGUACAUUUCUCAUAAACUCUCGAAACGGGGAAUCGUGUGGGAAUUCGAUGAUGUCAGGGAGGAGGAUGCUGCUAAUAAUGGGUCAGUAGUUGCCCCUCCACCGACUUUGGUCCGGCGAUGCCGUGGAGCCAGCGCCGGGCCUGAGACGGAGAGCAUCCCCCAGCUCUCCAAAAGGCUAUCCCAGUCGGACCCGCACGCCGCCAUCCACAGAGUACUGCGUGAGGCUGGAGACGAACUUGAAAGACUAUACCAGCCGGACUUCACGGAGAUGUCGCAUCAAUUGUAUCUGACGACCACCACGGCGCAGAGGAGGUUCACCGAGGUGAUAGACGAACUGUUCCGGGAUGGAGUGAACUGGGGCCGGAUUAUCGCCUUCUUCGAGUUCGGGGGCACGGUGUGCGUGGAGUGCGCGGGCAAGGAGGAGAUGACAUCGCAAGUGGACCACAUCGCGGAGUGGAUGACGGAGUAUUUAAAUGGACCUCUUAACAGCUGGAUACAAGACAACGGGGGAUGGGAUGCCUUUGUGGAGCUGUAUGACAGACAGAGGGACUCCGUGUUCAGUUGCUCCUGGCCCUCCAUCAAGACGGUCUUCGGCCUGGCGGCGCUCGGGGCAGCCAGCCUCACCAUCGGAGCAUACCUGACACAGAAGUGAAGCAGCCCUCCUUCUAUCUCCUUGACUGUACUGUUUUUCCUCUCCCUCCACAUGUGUCCUUGUAACACUCUCUAAAAAAAAAAAUAUUUUUUUUUUUUGGUUGUUUUCCUCCCUUUAAAAGACGCCUCUGACCCCUCAGAGACGCCCUUCACACUCUCCCAAACCUGGCUCUCUUCAAAGCCUCCUCUCAGAACUCCCUCUUCCCUCUUCCUCACACCCCCCUCCAUGCCAAAAAACAAAGAUCAAAAUAACAGAGGGAACCAGAUGCACUGCCCGCAAAGGAGCAAAGGAUGUCUUGGAAAAAAAAAAAAAAAAAAAAAAAAAAAAAAAGAGGCAGCUUAAAUGUAAUCCCACAAAAGUUGAGGACAGCUGAGGAGUUGGACAAAAAGAGGAGGGUUCGAUGGCAUGCGUCUAGUUUUGUCCUGCCUGCUUGCGUACUAGUUAUAGCAUGAACUUUUGAGUGUUAGUGUAUGUGUUGCAUGUGACGGUGUGGCGAAUGAGAGAGCUCUUGGUAGUUGGGGGUGGGGUUUGGGUUGGGGGGGGGCGCAAGGACAAUGACGAUGGCUACGGCCGGAAGUGGUGAAGCGGCCACAGCCCCGCCCCUGCUCGUUAGGGUGAAGAACCCCGUUUGAACUGUGGACUCUGGUUACCCCCCUGCGGCCGUCCUUCAAAGGACUUCCUCCGCACAACAGCUGCUCAGAAUGUAUAAUGGAAACAGCUCGCUACAAGCAGCACGAUGUGUGUGUCGACUGCUUUCACUCCUCAAAUACCAAGAGCUCCAAUGAACUGGGAACACACAGCGCCAUUAUACUCUCCCUGGCCCUCAGCAGAGGGAGGGCCAGCGGAGGACUGAGCUUGACUGAGCUCGCUUUUUUGCAGAGUUUUGAAAGCUCCUUGAUUGUCAUGUUAAGUUGGUUUAUUUUUGCAGCACGCCAAACCAUGGAACCCGUGGUUUUGCCAUAGCAAGAGAGAAGGAGAAUGGAAUUUCCAAGGGGGUGAAAAGCGUGCGGGGUGGUGGCUCGAGAAAAACCUGUCGUUGCCGAUAGAGAAGUCAGGAAAAUGUCCCAUCUGUCCUGGACUAGUUGAGCACAGUGCAGGAGAACAGAAGGUAAAAUAAAGAAAUAAUUGCAUGUAGCGUUGCAAGGAAAAAGGAGAGUGGGCCCAUGCAACAUAAGUGGACAAGCUUUAAGUGUGCAUUCCUCAGGCUGAAUGAAACAAAGUGAGCAAGGCCUCUCCAUAGCAAAAAUUCUUCACAUGGAGACAUGAAUACUCCGGCACCGGCUUACAGAAGCACCCAGGGACAGCAAUUUCCACAGAUUCUCAGUGGCAUCACUUCUUUUUCUAUUUUCUACCUCCGCUGAUUUUUUUUUUUUUUUUGGCUCUCUCUUCCUUUGCUCUAUUUCUGGUCCGAUUUCUGGGCCUCACCCAGGUUUCAGAGCUGACCUGACAAACCCUGUCAACAUGUGUCCUCCAGCUGCUGAGGGGACAAAGAGGCCCCACAGCCUCUUGGUAACGCUAGAAUCCAUAUCGACAGAGACCGUUGUUGACAUGGGCUGCAAAAACCUAGCUGGGUUCUCUAGCCACAGAUCGCUGUAAGCGGAAUACCGAGACGUAAGGAUUUCAGCUGUCCUGGACUGUGCGGGCGAGACACUGUGGCCUGUGUGCUGGAACCUGAGACAUCCCUUUUCCCUUCGCUGCGAUGCAUUCAGUCUGCAAAUGCAACAUCGAUUUGUCAUUUUCAGGCUGUUUUUUUUUAUUGAUGUUUGUCUUGUGUUACAAUCAGAUAGAAAAUUUGGAAAAAGCUUAGGCUACACAAACAUUAUUUUGUUGUACACUUAGCCAGAUGGUCAUGAAAAAGUGAUUUUUUUUUCUCUCUCUCUCUCAUUGAAAAUCUCCAACUUCUUUGUUGCAUGGAUGAAACAGUCUGUCUACACACAAUGAAUACUCACUAUGUAUAACCAUAUUUAUAAUAGAAUAGGGUAGAUGUUACAAAUAACAACAAAGGAGUUGCAUUUUCUAUUUAUUGAGAGGUACCAGAUCACAGACUUUUAACAAUACUUUGAUGGAAAAAAAAAAAAAUCAAUUGUGUUUCACCCUUUUCUAUUCUAUGGAAUCACACUGUAACUACAUUAUUUUCUGGCUGCUAUUGUAUCAAGAAAAAGUUUAAAAGUGAAUUUUCUGUAAUGUAUUAAUAUUGGCUUAAGGCUGCUAUACUGUCAAGUUCUGAUUUAACUUUCACUUACAGCUUAAACUGCCACAAAGUUACAGUAUAGUUAUAGAGAGCUGGAAACCAAAGUUAACUUGUAUUAAUCUUUUUCAUAAUAAUAAUAAUGAUUUUUAAGAAAAAGUAGCUUAAAGAGAACACGUCGCUUCAUUUCGACUUCAGUGAAAGUCCAUUCAGUGCGAUUUUGCGACCUCUCUGUGAAGGGUUUGUCUGGUGUUACUGUACUAUAUCGACUUAACUUUCGUCAACCUUGUGCUCCAAUCAAUUAUACACAGUGCUUCAGACAGUCAGUCAGAUUAUCAUUACAAACCACAUUAUGCCCAGUAAAGUGGCACAUGGCGUGCGAUCCUCCCGGUGAUGUGUAUAUCAGAGAGAUACUGAGGUUAAUUUGUGACCAGGAAUAACAGUGUAACAGCAAUAUACUGUCAUUUUCAUUUUCUCUGUGCAUAUAUGAAUGUAGGCACUAUGGUUGCUGUACUGUUUUAUGUCAUUAAUCUCAAACCUGUAGCACUUAAAAAGUGAAUUGUGUCUCUGUUGUUUACUGCUAUAUCCACGAUAAGCUAGCGGGAUCAUAUUGUUCCUAAUAAACCAGAUUUCUCCAGCA